UUAGGUUUUUUUCUUUACAGUGAAUCUGGGUUCACCAUCACCAGUGCUGGAUUUUUUUCUUCCUCCUCUCCUCUCUCUCUCAAUCCUUCGAAAAUCAAACUUCUUCCUUCCUUUCGCCACUCAUCCUUUUUCUUUCUUCUUUCUCUUUUUCCUUCUUCUUCCUCUCCCAAUCAAACCCAGAUCUGGGUUUUUCUCAAACCCAAAUCUGGGUUUUUUCUCAAAUCCAGCUGUCCUAAGAAAUGGAUAAACUCGAUGUGUAAAAGCCGCCACCUGCACGACUCGCUGCACAAGCACAUGGUGGAUCUCGAAAUGAAUCUUCAGAUGGUCUCCAAAGAGAUUGCCGCCUCUCUCGAGGAGCAGAGCGCUUCCGCCCUUCUCUGCGUCCCUCGUGCCACCCGUGACGUCCUCCACCUCGUGCCACCAGCAAUUCCGUUGCUGGAAUCCUCGACAAGCUCAAGAAGGUCUGUUGUUCUUAUUAUCUUUCCUUCUGUUAAAGAUCUUAUGUCAAUUUCGUGUUGCUUGGAUCUUGAGAAAGUGCAGGGGAGUUGAAAUUCGUUUAACUUAGUAGUGUUUAAAUUGGAAACCGAAUAAUGGACAUUUGGUUUCAAAACCUUUUAAUUAUUGGAAAUGUGCUUAAUGCAGCUGAAUUUUGAAAUUGAAGGCGAAAGGCUCCUCAACGAAAUCUGAGUUGUUAAUGCAUGGUUCUCUGGUUUACAUCUAUUAAACAGGAUGCUGCAGG